AGGAAGACAAAGAAGAAGGAGGGCGGAGCUAAAAGAGCUCAGAGAGCCUCUUCCAAUGUUUUCUCCAUGUUUGAACAAACCCAGAUCCAAGAGUUCAAAGAGGCCUUCACACUGAUCGACCAGAACCGGGACGGGUUCAUCGAUAAGGAAGACCUGAAGGACACGUACGCCUCUUUGGGUAAACUCAACGUGAAGGACAACGAACUGGAAGACAUGUUGAAGGAAGCUACUGGUCCCAUCAACUUCACCAUGUUCCUCAACCUGUUUGGAGAAAAGCUGCACGGCACAGACCCUGAAGACACCAUCUUAAACGCUUUCAAACUGUUUGAUCCCGAUGCCAAAGGCUUCAUCCACAAAGACGAGUUACAGAAGUUACUGAUGACACAAGCGGACAAGUUUACACCUGAGGAGGUGAAGCAGAUGUUCCAGUCGUCAAACAUCGACGCUGCAGGACACCUGGAUUAUAAAUCUCUGUGUUACAUCAUCACUCACGGAGAGGAGAAGGAAGAGUAG